GGAGAUGCCCGAAUUGGUCAGACCCAUAGAAGCCCCCACAGCUGGUAUGUCUCCUCCCCACUCGAGUGCGGACCCCUUUGACUAAGCAAGCAGGCCGUACCAGAGUAGUGGAAUCAGGGUCUUGCUUCCAGGGUCUUUGAGGCCAACCCCAAUAGAUGUUACUGUAUCUUGUUUGGAAGACUCUCUCCUCCGGCAGUUACUCUGGGCGAUGGGAGAGCUGCUCAGGCAGGUAGUAGCGCCUGGCCCGAGUUGCUUUCAGCGAAGGGAAGAUUUAAAGCGCUUCUGUGCCUAGCUCCCCUCUCACAAAGGCCUUCGGAGAAGAGGCCUGAAUCGACCAACUCCUAGAUGGUAUUUGACACCUAUAUGGAAACAGCAGCCAUACCAAAUAAGAAAGCCAUGUGCCCAAGUGGCAUAGAUGGGCCAGACUGCAGGGAGAAAUUUCAUCAAGCACGGAACGAGAAGCUGCAUCCCAUCUUGUCUCCUCAAGGGCCACAGUAUCAGCCAGCCAUUAGUACUCCAAUCCAGGGGGAGUGGACAAGAGAUAAUCCACCAUCACACUUAAUCCAGAGGGCUUCCAUGCAGCCCAGUGAAAAUGCCAUUUACCUCCUGACAGUUGGGCCUGCUUCUCAGGAGCACCUGUACUCAAGCCCUGCUAAUUUAUUGACAACUGGGCACUGGUCCCAGCAGCUGCCUACAGCACCUAGUGAAAGAGAACUGGACUUUUUCAACAAAGAACUGGCUAGUAGCCUCCCAAAUUUGGAAAUGAAUGCUGAAGAGGAACUGCUUCAGAUCUGUGCUUCAGAUCUGCUGCUGGAGUGCCCGGUGAGGAAGAGGCCAAGAUUGCUACCACCAAACAGGAAGAUGCAUGUGGAAGUGUGGAAGAAACAGACAUCACCCCCAGUGCAGGAAAGUGCAAGAAGCCCUGUCCCUCUGGAAUACAGUCACCUAGUGGACACCAUGCCAGUGACCAAUCCUGCUGACCUUUCUACAGUGGAAUCUUUCUAUCGCAGAGUCACUUCCAGAGCUAGACAGGUUAACCCACCGGAAGCAUGCUUAUCACCUGCCUGGGGUGUGGAUGUUAGAAGAACAGACAAGAAGAGGCAAAAACAGCAUCAACAGCUGAGCAUGAAGAGAAUUGCUUCCUCACCAGAUUUCAAGGAGAAAACCAAAUGGUCCAUGAACAUCUCUGAGGAUGGCAAUCUCCCACCAAAGAAGAGGUAUACCAAAGGCUGCCUCUAGGACACUUGCUGAGAUAUUCCUAGCGUGUACUAGGACUGGCCAUUACCCAGUUGGUUUUUUUAAAAAAAAUAAAAAUGGAACACUUCCCCAGCUUUAUAUGUAU